CCUGCCUGCAGUGUAUACUGAUAGAACAUAAAAUGUCAUUGUGCAUUGUGAAAGAUUGCCCCAACUCAAGCAGGAAAACCAAAAUAAAUACAUCAACAUCACUACAUGUGUUUCCAAGAAAUGCAGAAAAUAUUCGUCAAUGGUUGCUUGCGACAGGCCAAUUUGAUGAUCGUAUUGAUGAUAUGGUUAGCAGAGUGAUCGAAACUAACAAGAAGGGACAAUAUCGAAUUUGUUCACUUCAUUUCACACCUGGCAAUUAUUAUUCAAAAGGACUGAAAAUGUCUCUCCACAGAAAUGCAAUUCCAACUGUCUUUGGAAUAAAUUUAGCCAGAAAAAUUCAAGGUUUGAGACAACUGACUUCAUCUAUGCAAAGCUCUACACAUAAUGCAAAGAAAAUUGUACUUUCAUUGAAUGAAGGUAACAUUGUUGAAAAUGUCAUUGAUUAUGUUGAAAAUACUGCUGCCAAUACUGCUGCCCUAACUUCUGUGGAUAAAUCGCAUGUUGUUAAUUGCCAUUCUUGUGGACAUCAGAUUAACAAAAUGUACAUGAAUGCUUCAACUAAUACAGAAUCCAAAAUGGAACAUAAAGAAGCACGGUUUGAUCAAUUGCAUGAAACAUUAACAUCUAAUACCCAAACAAAUGUAUUGCUUGGUAAGAAACCUACGUCUGCACCAUCAAAGGGAUUAAUCAAAAUGAAAGAUGCUUACAGUUGGACAAUGGGUAAUGUGCAGAGUACAUCAGUUGCUUCUUGUACAAGGAUGGCGAGCACUUGUACUGCAGAUGUUUUUGAAGAAAAUCUUGAACCUCUUCUAUCAAAUAUGCCUCCCGUUUAUCCUUCCUAUUCCAUAGAUCUGUCUGGCCGCUACGAUAUGAAUGUAGCAGAGGAAAUUGACCCUAUAAAUCAAAUGGCAUCACCAAGCCAAUUUAUUGACCACUCUAUUCUGAGAGGCCUAGAUUAUAGUCCUAAUACAAGCAUCCUUACGCUCAAUGAAUCUAGAUAUCAUCAAGAAUCAAGAGGGCGUCGAGCGGAAAACCCGGGCACUGGGCUAUUAAAUGUAAAGAAAGAGGAUGAGACAGAUGACAUGAAUAGUCAUCAGACUGAAAUACAUUGGUCCCUCCCUGCCGAUGACGAUAACGCUGAUUUAGUGAAAGCUGAGGUAACAGAAGAUCUGUGUGUGACGCGUCAGCUGGAAGCAACUAAUGAGGAAACUAGUGACAGUAUCAGCCUAGAUGAAGAUAACGCUGAUUUAGUGAAAGUUGAGGUAAAAGAAGAUAUUUGUGACACGCGUCAGCUGGAAGCAACUUAUGAGGAAACCUUUGACAGUAUCAGCCCAGAUGAAGAUAACGCUGAUUUAGUGAAAGUUGAGGUAACAGAAGAUCUGUGUGUGAUGCGUCAGCUGGAAGCAACUAAUGAGGAAACUAGUGACAGUAUCAGCCCAGAUGAAGAUAAUGCUGAUUUAGUGAAAGUUGAGGUAACAGAAGAUUUAUGUGUGACGCGUCAGCUUGAAGCAACUAAUGUGGAAACCAGUGACAGUAUCAGCCCAGAUGAAGAUAACGCUGAUUUAGUGAAAGUUGAGUUAACAGAAGAUUUUUGUGUGACGCGUCAGCUGGAAGCAACUGAAGAAACUAGUGACAGUAUCAGCCUAGAUGAAGAUAAUGCUGAUUUAGUGAAAGUUGAGAUAACAGAAGAUUUAUGUGUGACGCGUCGGCUGGAAGCAACUGAGGAAACUAAUGAAAGUAUCAGCCCAGGUGACUUAACAAACUGCAUUAACCUUAGUUAUGGUCAGAGUGCUGAUGCUUCUUUCAAUCUUCUUCAAAAUCAAAGACCUGCGGGACAUUUAUGUUUUGAAUGUGGAAAAAGUUUUACUAGGAAAUCACAUCUUUAUACACACUUGAAAAUUCAUACAGGAGAAAAUCCAUUUUCCUGUCAUAUAUGUGGGAAAUGUUUUAACCGUAAAGGAAAUCUUGUUGCACAUCAGAACAUUCAUACAGGAGGAUUUUUAUGUUCUGUAUGUGGAAAAUCUUUUAACCGGAAAUCAUAUCUUAUUGGUCAUCAGAAAAUUCAUAUAGGAGAGAAAGAAUUGUCAUGUUCUGAGUGUGGGAAAUGUUUUAUUCAGAAAUCAGAUCUUUAUAAACAUUUGAAAAUUCAUACAGGCGAAAAGCCAUUUUCCUGUCCUAUAUGUGGCAAAUGUUUUAACCGUAAAGAAACUCUUGUUGCUCAUAACAAAAUUCAUACAGGAGAAAAAGAAUUUCCAUGUUCUGAAUGUGGUAAAUAUUUUCGCAAGAAAUCACAUCUUUAUAGACAUCUGAAAACUCAUACAGGAGAAAAUCAAUUUUCCUGUCAAAUAUGUGGGAAAUGUUUUAACCGUAAAAGAAAUUUUGUUGCACAUCAAAAAAUGCAUACAGGAUUCUCCUGUUCUGAAUGUGGGAAAUGUUUUUCUCAGAAUGCAAGGCUUAUUACACAUCAGAAAAUUCAUACAAAGGAGAAAGCAUUUUCAUGUUCUGACUGUGGGAAGUGUUUUACUCGGAAACCAUAUCUUAUUCAGCAUCAGAAAAUUCAUUCAGGAGUAAAAGCAUUUUCAUGUUUUGAAUGUGGAAAACAGUUUAUCCAGAAAUCACAACUUGUUACUCAUCAGAAAAUUCAUACAGGAGAAAAAGCAUUUUCAUGUUCAGAAUGUGGGAAAUGUUUUACUCUGAAAUCACAUCUUAUUGUCCAUCAGAAAAGACAUACAGGGGAGAAAGAAUUUUCAUGUCAUAACUGUGGGAAAUGUUUUCGUCAGAAAUCAACUCUUAUGAAACAUCAGAAACUUCAUAUUAAAGGAAAUCAAGAAAAUCAGAGCUUAAUCUCUUAAAAGGACAUGAAUGAAACCCCCAAAUUAUCGUUCAUGAUUUCUAACAGUGCAUACAAUUUCAAACAAGUUUCCAAUUUACUUAUUAUCCAUUUUGCUUCAUUUUCUUGAUAUCCUUUAUUGAAGUAGCAAAAAUGCACAACUGGGAGCUAGCUGAACACUUUAGUAAGACAAUGACCAGAUGUAUACAUGUGUGGCCACGAAUCAGCAUCUAGCUCCCAACUCUUGAGCCUACAUAGGAUACAAAGAGAAUUAAGCAAACUAUGUAACAUAAGUAAAUUGGAAAGUUGUUUAAAAUUGUAUGCUCUCUCAUAGGUUUUCAAACCUCCUUAGACCUCCCUAACAGGUCAUAUUUUCAGGAUUACCUUGGGUGAGAGCAGGUAAUAACUAACCAUUUUUACUAAUAAGCUGAUUAUAUACACUUAUGCUCCAGUUCAGAUAACCUGAAAAUCUGGCCUGUUAUGGACAAGUUUAAAAAUCCCUGCUCUAUGUGAAUCAUGAAUGAAAAAAAUAAAUAUGUGGGUUUUAAUGUCCCUUUAAGUACAAAGAGACAUGUAGUUGUCACCCACACCUUCUGCUGAUGAUUGCAUCAUGUCAUCUUCUGGAGGCAUACGUUUGGAGCUAUUUGAGGUCCCUUAUGCACCUCAAGCAGUUACCUGGUGGCCCAGUGUAUUUUUUUAUCCCCAGGGGGGAUCCAGGCUCCCUAUAUAUGUUUGAACAGCCAAGUGAUGACCUGCCAGGAAUAAAAUGUGCAUUUAUUAGAGUAGAUGAUCAUGGGAGCGAAACCCUUUGUGAAGAUCAGUUUUUUUUUUCUUUUAUUGUCUUGAAGAAUAAUAAAAACAUUGCAAAUGUGCAGUCCCAUUACAUAUCAAAUAAAUAAUAAAGACAAUUACAUCCUUUUUAUAGUUUAUACAUAGGAAUACCUCAACAUUUUUUAACCAUUUACCCCAAACAUUAAAUUAAUACAAGAAGGAAAGAGAAAAAAAAGGGUGGGAAUUCCUCUCUCGCUCUUCCCUUGUUUCUCCCGUUCUAUCAUGAUGUUAUACAUACAGCCAAUCUCCUCUUAGGUUUGCUUCCAAAAUGUAAUUGUAGCCUCUUAAUGGAUAAAUAAUCUGUUUUUGAGUUUUUUCAUCCAGUAACUUUAUGAAUGAUUUCCAUUUAUUAAAACAUUUCUUAUUAUAUUCCGAA